AUGUCAGCUAGAGAAGACGCAUCCGUCAAGGCGAACGUGCCCUCCCAGAAGAGUCUGGGCAAAGGCGCUGUGGGGUCCGGCUCAGCAAAGAGCAAUGGAAGCAAGGCAACCGCUCAUGAAGUCUGUCAACAACCGCCCCUCCGCCUUCCUCUGGGCACCCUUUUGGUGGAAGUAGCUCUGCUGGUGGUGCUGAUAUGCCUCUCAGCUGCGCCCCUGGCUGGAGAAAGGGAGGGAUGGUUUUACUUCUAUGGGGAGGAUAUGGACACGAAUUACCUCCGAAACCUCAAUCUGGUUCCCUGGGACCACUUCAUCGAAGUUGGAUAUUAUCAGGAUAAUUUUAAGGACGGGGAUGCCGCGCAGCUGGUUGGCGGCUACAUGGCAGCUAUGCUGGCAGCUUCAUGCGUGCUGGCAGGGGUGUAUCUGGGGGUGUUGCUGCGCUGCGGACUUUUGCUGCAGCGGCAGCAAGCGAUGGCAAUGGGGGCACCAGGGGAGCUGAGGCAGGCGAUAAUUUCGUCGAAGAAACUAAUCAGGCCUCUGGGGCCCUGGCUGUGGCCUGCCGCCCUCACCAUCAUGGUGGUUUUGGCUGCACUACUGGUUUCGUUCUACCUGCUGGUGCAGUCGUCCUUUGGGUACCAGACUACGCAGCUGGUGCCCGGAGUUCUCUGCCCAGUCCGGCCCUCCUGGGCAUUUUGGACCGCCCUUGCCGCCAUCUUCUGCUGGCUUCUUGUCCUGAUCCUAUCAGCGAUAGAGGCGUGGCAGCAGAAUGAGGCAUCAGAGCAACAGAGGCUGUGGCUGGCUGCAGCUCAGCAGCAACACACCGGCCUUCCUAUGCGAAGCCGGCUAGCACCCAACCAGGGCAGUCUAGUGUGACAGCACUUGCAAGACCCGCUGGUUUCGUUGAGUGGAAGUAUCCGUCUGAGUCUUGUCAUGUGCCGCCAGGGCGGUCUCUUGGUUUUUUUUGUUUUUUUUUGGUUCCCCUGUUGCCCAAGGGAGCUAAAAAAGUUGGGGGCUCAGCCCUGCAGCUCGGCCCCCAGCUCCGACACAAUAGCAGCAGUAUUGAGGGCUAAGGAGUCAGCUGAAGGUGGCCUUUACAUCAAGAAAGAAAGCGGCAGCGCGUAUCGGCAAAAAACGUGCUGCAGUGCAUCGGGAAACAUGCUCUGCUGCCU